ACAGCUGCGAGUAGAAGAGCCUCACCGCGUUCGGUGUAGCUAUUGUGGCUUAUUUCAGCCUGUUGUAAGCAAUACAUUAGUCAUUUAGACGUGAUUAGAAAUGCUGUUAAAUGUUACUGGUAGAUGCUCGUGCUUUAUGUUAAAAAUAGGCAACUUGUGGAGCUAAGUCACGCGUUGACGUUAAACGUUCUCUGCGAAACUUUUGCAGAGUUGAAAAAAAGGAAACAAAAUUGCCAAAAUGGAGAGUCACGAACGGGCAGCGGCAGUGGGCGACGGCGUGCUCGACUUCUCACGCUUGGGUUUGAACACUCUGAGCGUUGACAGUAUCACCGACAGAAGGAAAAGAGACACCAAACAACUCUACCUGAACUACAACCGACUAGGCUCGCUGCCGUCGUCGGUCACCCUGUUCUUCAACCUCGAGUUUCUGGACAUUAGCAACAACGGACUUUCGUUCAUCUGUGAGGACAUUAUGCGCCUGACCAAGCUGAAAACACUUAUAGCCAAGAACAACCGCUUGGACGAGUUCUCGCUGCCCAAGGAGUUCGGCUCUCUGCAGCUGGAGGUGCUGAACUUUAGCGGGAACCGAUUCGAGGAGAUCCCGCUUCAGUGUACCAAACUGCUGCGCUUGCAGUCGCUUUCACUCGGAGGAAACAGAUUGAAAAGUAUACCUGCAGAGAUAGAAAACUUAACCAGUUUGGAGAUGUUGUACCUGGGCGGAAACCUUAUUUCAGCCAUUCCUCCUGAAGUAGCGAAUCUGCCCUACCUCACCUACUUGGUCCUGUGUGACAACCGCAUCCAAAGUGUCCCACCGCAGCUCACCAGGCUCCACUCUCUGCGAUCUUUAAGCCUACACAACAACUUGCUCACUUACCUGCCGAGAGAGAUCCUGAGCCUGGUGCACCUGCAGGAGCUCAGUCUUAGAGGCAACCCGCUGGUUGUGCGCUUUGUCAAGGAGAUGACCUACGAUCCACCCUCAUUGCUAGAGCUGGCAGGGCGCACCGUUAAGAGUCGAAAUCUUCUGUACUCCCCUUUUGACCUGCCUGCAAACCUGGUGCGUUAUCUGGACUUGGCCAGCAAGUGUCCCAACCCCAAGUGUGCCGGUGUGUACUUUGAUUCGUGCGUGCGCCAGAUCAAAUUUGUAGACUUCUGUGGAAAGUACCGGCUACCCCUCAUGCACUACCUGUGCUCCCCUGAGUGCACCUCUCCCUGUAGCUCCAACCCGCAGAGCGACGCCGAGUCUGAGGAAGAGAACAGUGUGCCUGCUGACCGCCUUCAGAGAGUGCUUCUGGGAUAGUACGACCAAGAGGAACAUCUGAUCCUCUGUCCAGACAAAUCCUUGACAGUUUGCCAUUGUUUUUAUAACACUAACAAGGACCCUGAUUAAGACUUUAUUGGACAUAUUAGUGCUCAUACCGCUUCAGCCACUGAAACGCACAAAAAAAAAAGUGAGACAACUUACCUUUUCUUUGACCUAAUGUGAAAUCUAUUCUGUGAAUGUUUUCGGUUGGGGUUUUUUUUCUUCUUUUUUUAAUCUUUUUUUUUCUUUCUUUUGUUUCAUGAAGCGUGUUGUCUCACCAUACAUCAGUCUAUCUAGAGCACAUGAAGGAAGGUCCUUCCACACCUGCUUGCCUCAUGGUUGAGCACAGGAGGGCAGUAAAACUCUUGUUUGACUGAAGGAGUGAAAGGAUUCUUUUUUGUUUUCAGGGCAACAUGUUUAGUUGUAAUUACAACAUUUCAUUCUGUGCAGAUGCUACAGUGUAUUAGUCUGCAUUUUCACUUUGAGUAUGAGCUCUUUGUCAGCCUUCAUCUGACUUUAUUUGACCAUCAAGCCUGAUGUGCCAACCAAGAAAAAGUCAGUGUUUUUUAUAGUAUGUGAGCAGGAACUUUGAACAUUGUUUCAAACUGCGGUACUAUAAAUAUUUUUUGUGGUUUGAGAUGGGCUUAUACGCACUUUGCUGUGGCCAGUCCCCCAAAAUACUAAAGGACCAGUAUGUAGGAUUUUGAUGGGGAGGGUUCACUUUCAGUCAUGUGAUCAACCCUGGAGGACCAAAAGAAAAUUAAACAUUGCUGGCCAAAGCUAGAUAUGCCACAUAACUGAGGAAAAGUGCACACCUGUCAAUUUUCCAGCUAUUUCAAACCACAUGUUUAGAUCACCCAAAUAUGAAAAGCAAAGAUUUGUGAACCAUAAGUUAGAUAUGUGGCUGUCUAGUCAGCAUACUCAAUGACAAGGGAGAACUAAACUGUGGUCAAGUUUAAACCAUUGUGUGUCAUUUCAAAUAAAUCAUCACUGACAACCUGGGUAUCUGUGAAGGAGAUGACUGAGGACCGAGUCCUCACAGAUGGAAAGUAACUGUUAACUAUGCCAAUAGAAUAUGUCGUUGCUUUUGAAAGACUGGGGUGUGUCAUAGACAAUGGUUCACAUGGAGUCCUGCACUUUGCGCUUUGUUAGCAGUUGUGAAACAGUUGAGUGUCUGAUUAUGGGUUGUAAUGGCUGUGCAGCAUUUUGGCUAAACACAAACCAGAUGAACAAAACCUGGUUUUGGCUUUCAACACAGGAGCGGGUCCUCAUCCACCAAGCUCCAGUGUUUCUACUUUAGCCCAGAAGAGAUGAGCCAAACAUUGUCUCUACAGAGGACCUUUCAUUAGCAGCCGCUCCAGGUUCCUCAGAGGUGUUGACUUGGUUGUCAUGUUGCUAGAUCCCACUUAAUCCUGCAUACUGCCUUCCGAAUAGCAAGGUGGCGAUCUUUUAUCAGUGCUUUUGUCUCAACUGCAUGCCACCUUUGGGGGGGGAAGGCUGCGAUGGCUUAGUAGUUUUAAAUUAACUCAUAGUGGUUAUGUGGAAGAAUGCUUAUCCAGGCUGACUCACAGGAAGUGGAUGUGGGUUGGGCCAGGGAAAACCAUUCACUGUGUUCGCACAAAAACAAUAGCUAUUGAGCGCAACCCAGUACCAGCCUUUGUGUUUAUGUUCAGGGCUGUUAGUUUUCUGUGGGCAUAAACAUAUGAAGAUGUAUCUGAAUAAAACCCACAGUCAGUGAUAUAUGUAUGGUUACAUAUCUGCUGCAACUUUCUGCUUGUGUGGAAAGCUGGGUCAUUUUAUAAUGUCCCAGACAGUUUGUGUCCAUUAGUCAGGAGAAGAAAUCCAAUUUGGCUUCACAUUAGACCUUAAUGUUAAGAAAACAGAAGAACGUUCUUCUAUGUUACAGAAGUUACAGUAGUUACAAUUCCUAAGUGCCUUACUAAUCAAGACUUCUAACAGCAAAGCUAGUAUGAAGAAACUGAUAUAUGCACCCUGAAAUGUGAAUAAUUUAGCUUUAUAAAAGUCACUUAUCUGAUUUCCAUACUCAUCUGUUUAACAGCAAAUAUACAAAAUAGCCCUUUAAAACAA